CCAUCUUGUGCACAUCAAGUCUCCAACCAUCUCACCUCUAGCUAGCUUUGGCGAAGUUGUGCUGUCAGGGCGACUGUGUGACCAACUGAUUCAGGAAGAGAACAGAGUCUGGUUCGGCCGGUCCUUGGGUGUUUUCUUGACUCUGUAUCUUGCUGCUUUCGUCGAGAGGACAAAUUGGAUUGAGAGGAUGGGUGUGGGCGGCACUCUGGACUACUUGUCGGAGCUUCUCGGCGGCGGCGGCCGGCGCCGGAGCUACAAGCAGAAGAGGAAGCAGUUCCAGACGGUCGAGCUCAAGGUCAGGAUGGACUGCGACGGCUGCGAGCUCAAAGUCAGGAACGCCCUCUCCAGCAUGAAAGGGGUGCAGUCGGUGGAGAUCAACCGGAAGCAGUACAAGGUGACGGUGCAGGGGUUCGUGGAGCCGCACAAGGUGGUGAAGCGGGUGCAGACAACCGGGAAGAAGGCCGAGAUCUGGCCAUACAUCCCCUACAACCUCGUGGCGCACCCCUACGCCGCCCAGACCUACGACAAGAAGGCGCCCCCGGGCUACGUGCGCAAGGUGGACGCCGUCAUGCCCGUCGCCAGCUACGGCGGCCCCGGCGCCGGCGCGCAGGAGGAGCGCCUCACCACCAUGUUCAGCGACGACAACCCCAACGCCUGCUCCGUCAUGUGAGAACCUCCGUGAAGCAAGAGACAUCGAUCGAGCGCGAGGUCAUGUGUUCUUGGUGGCGGUGACAUGUAUGUAUGUGGCUCCGGACAGAGUGUAUGGCAUGCGUGUGUUGUUUAGAUUGUAAAUUAGUAAAAAGGAGAGAAAAGAGCGUAUAUAUGGGAAUAGUCUUUGUUUUUCAGGUUUCUGUCUGCUGCAUGUGUGCUGGAAUCUUAAUCUUUAUCGAUCUUUUGCAGUGUUA